GACUUGCUCUUCAAAACACAUAUGCCAGCUUUUUAAGGUUUCUACUCCAGCUUGUUGUACUUGACAACAUUAUCCCUCAAGUGUGCUUUUCUGCUUUUUUUUAAAAAAUAAAGCAGACUAUCUGAGAUACUCCCGUUGCGGGCUUCCUUUGGUCAAUAAAACUAACCCUUGUCGUCCUUCAUGUCACGAUUGUUUCGAAUUGCCAUUGACGGUCCAGCAGCUUCAGGCAAAAGCACGACUGCUAAAUUAUUAGCAAAGAAGCUCGGCUUCGGCUACAUUGAUUCGGGCGCAAUGUACCGAGCAGUGACAUUAAAGUGUCUCGAACAAGGCGUACAAGUUACCAACGAUGCCAAAGUGAAACAGACAGCGAACAGUGCACAGAUACGUUUUCCUAGUCUCGGCAAAGUUGAACUGGAUGGGCAAGAUGUGAGCGAUGCCAUCCGUACAUCACGUAUUGUGCAAAACAUCAGCCCUAUUGCGUCCAAUCCUGGCGUACGUGCCACAUUGGCCAACCAACAACGCGCACUUGCCCGAGCCAAUGAUCCAGCAUGGCGCGGAUUUCUGUUCAAGCAGUCCACGCAAGUCCGAGGUGUGGUGAUGGAUGGCCGAGAUAUCGGCACGGUGAUUUUACCGGAUGCUGAGCUCAAGGUGUUUAUUGUGGCGGAUGCGCGUGUGCGCGCUCAACGUCGAUUUGAUGAACUGGCGAGCAAAAACGCACUGGGCGAGGGUGAGACGGUGGAUGCCAUUGCAAAGGAUUUGGCAGCACGUGAUGAAGCGGAUCGAACACGAGCAGUAUCUCCACUGAAAAAGGCAGAGGAUGCAGUAGAGCUGGACACAAGUGAUAAAACCAUAGAUGAACAAGUGGCUGCUAUAGAGCAAAUGGUGUACGACCGUUUGUAGAAAAGUAGAAAAUAGC